UGGCAUGGGCUCUUAGUACUGGGCACUGACCACAGCGGGCAGCCGAAGGGUCAGGCAAGCUUUGGAGAAGGUGAGGUCUGGAGGUUGGAGAGCGGGUCAGGAGGAGGCAAGGGUCAAAUGGCCUGAGAGAUGCCUGGCAAACAUUCAAAUGAGGAACAGUUGGCGAUGGGGGCUGCAGAGAACAGAGCUGAUGAGGACCUGGGGAGCCUCACGGCAGAGGAGCUGCGUCAGGGCCAGAAGGCGGCCCUGGUGCUGGAGGACACGAUGGCCCUGAGCGCCCAGACCCUGGUCCAAGCCGAGGUGGAUGAGCUCUACCAGCAAGUGCGUCCCUUGGGCCAGGGCCGCUUCGGCCAGGUCCUGCUGGUCACUCACCGUCAGAAAGGCACAACCCUGGCCCUGAAGCAGCUCCCCAAGGCCUCCACUUCCCUGCGCGGCUUCCUGUACGAGUUCUGUGUGGGCCUCUCCCUGGGCCCCCAUCCGGCCAUCGUGGCGGCCUACGGCAUUGGCGUCGAGUCAGCCGACUCCUACAGCUUCCUGACCGAGCCUGUCCUGCACGGGGACCUCAUCGCCUUCAUCCAGCCCAAGGUGGGCCUCCCGCAGCCCGCGGCCCAGCGCUGCGCGGUCCAGCUGGCCUCGGCCCUGGAGCACAUCCACUCCCUCGGCCUGGUGUACCGGGACCUCAAGCCGGAGAACGUGCUGGUGUGCGACCCGGCCUGCCGGCGGGUCAAGCUGACCGACUUCGGCCACACGCGGCCCCGCGGGACCCUGCUCCGCCUGGCCGGGCCGCCCAUCCCCUACACGGCGCCCGAGCUCUGCGGCCCCCCGCCCCUCCCGGAGGGCCUGCCCAUCCAGCCUGCCCUGGACGCGUGGGCACUGGGGGUCCUGCUGUUCUGCCUCCUCACUGGCUACUUCCCCUGGGACCAGCCCCUGGCCGAGGCUGACCCCUUCUAUGAGGACUUUGUCAUCUGGCAGGCCUCGGGCCAACCCCAGGACCGUCCCCAGCCCUGGUUUGGCCUGACGCCCGUGGCAGACACUCUCCUAUGGGGGCUGCUGGACCCACACCCCCGAAGGAGGAGCCCCGUGAGCUCUGUCCGGGGCUACCUUGGGCAACCCUGGAGGCAGCGGGAGGGGGAAACAGAGGAGGUGUACAAGGGAGACACAGAAUGAGGGAGGCUGGGGCCCAGCCCUUCCGGGGAGACUUGGGAAGGGAAGCAGGGACCCCAUCCGGAGUCUCCUCAGCAUUCGGGGUGGCUCUUGGCUGCUCAGCUGUCUGUCCGUCUCUGCCUCAUCACGUCCCCUGUUCUGAUUCCCCAUGCCUGGCCAUAUGUGUGAUCUCUGAGAGCACCCCGGAUCUGUCCACGGCCUUCUCCAUCU